CACCUGGCCGAGCAUCAAUCUGGGUUGGAUUAAUGGCGUUUUGUGCUCUCCUAUUAUAUAGAGCGUGUAACGUCAACUAAUAGGAAAGAUUAAUCCAACCCAAAUUAGUGCAAACCCGAUCGGGCCGAAAACGCUAUCAGUUCGCCUUGGUUCGCCUUGGUUCGCCUUUGUUCGCCUUCGCCACAUGAAAAUGGAUCUUUAACCUUUAACAGUUUAACGUCAGACGCAGACGUCAGCAACGGUCAGCGUCAGCAAUCGUUAGUGAUCAUUAGUAACGCUUGGUAACGUUUGGUAACGCUCUCGCUCUUUGAAAAGGAAAUUCGCCACUGACGUUUCAAUAAUGGGUCACGAAGGAGAAGUUACUCUUAUUCAGAAUUCUGAUGACUUGAAGAUUAAACUUAAAGAUGCAGGCAAUAAUUUGGUAGUUAUCGAUUUCUUUGCUGUAUGGUGUGGACCAUGUAAGAUGAUUGGACCAUUGAUUGAAGAAUUAUCAAAGGAAAUGCAGGAUGUUGUUUUCCUUAAAGUUGAUGUGGACGAAUGUGAGGAUAUUGCUGCUGAAUACGAGAUAUCCAGUAUGCCUACAUUUGUUUUUAUAAAGGAAGGCAAAGUGUUGGAGACUUUUUCUGGUGCAAAUUACGAUAAAUUAAAAAAUACAAUUCAAAAACACAAAUAAAUAAAUAAAUCGUCACGAA